UUCUCUAAGCGCGUCUCCUUUAAGGGCAAGCAACAGCUCCCCGAGAGCUUGUGUGUCUGCGUGUGUGGGUUUAAUGCCGGCUCGGCUGAGGCAAAUUCACUUCCAGGUCGAGGGUGACAGCUAAGCUGGGGGGCCCCGGCUCGCUUCUGCACGGUGGUCGGGGCCCGCCCCACAAUAACACAAACCAGGAGGCGAGGAGCACGCAGCUGUGGGGUCCCUGGCGCAGAAAUGGAAGAAGCUUCACCAUAUUCUCUGCUUGACAUCUGCUUAAAUUACCUAACCUCUGAUCUUGAGAAGUUUUGUACAGAAAGGCAAGAUGGGACAUUAUGUUUGCAAGAGCCUGGAAUAUUUCCACAAGAAGUGGCUGAUCGAUUGCUGCGGACAAUGGCAUUCCACGGGCUGCUUAACGAUGCAACAGUGGGGAUCUUUCGAGGCAACCAGAUGCGUUUGAAAAGAGCCUGCAUCCGUAAAGCAAAAAUUUCCGCGGUAGCUUUUUGGAAAGCAUUCUGUCACCACAAGCUGGUGGAGCUUGAUGCGACUGGUGUAAACGCAGACAUCACAAUCACAGAUAUCAUCAGCGGACUCGGCAGCAAUAAGUGGAUUCAGCAAAACCUUCAAUGCCUUGUGCUGAACUCGCUAACUCUUUCCCUGGAAGAUCCCUAUGAAAGGUGCUUCAGUCAGCUGACGGGUCUUCGUGCGUUGAGCAUCACCAAUGUUCUCUUCUACAACGAAGAUCUGGCUGACGUGGCUUCGCUUCCAAGACUAGAAAGUCUGGAUAUCUCCAACACUUCAGUCACCGACAUAACUGCAAUCCUCGCCUGUAAGGAUCGCCUCAAAUCGCUUACUGUGCACCACCUGAAAUGCUUGAAAAUGACAACCACUCAGAUUUUGGAUGUAGUACGAGAGUUAAAAUUCCUGAAUCACCUUGAUAUUUCAGAUGAUAAGCAGUUCACGUCGGAUAUUGCCCUUCGUUUGUUAGAACAGAAAGACAUCUUGCCUAAUCUUGUAUCUUUAGACAUCUCGGGGAGGAAGCAUGUGACUGAUGAAGCCGUGGAAACGUUUGUAAAACAACGGCCCUUAAUGCAGUUUGUUGGGCUUCUAGCUACUGACGCUGGCUAUUCAUUAUUUCUCACUGGAGAAGGGAAUUUGAAGGUUUCUGGAGAAGCAAAUGAAACUCAGAUUUCUGAAGCUCUGCGGCGUUACAGCGAGAGGGCAUUCUUUGUGAGGGAGGCACUGUUUCAUCUGUUUAGCCUUACGCACUUUAUGGAAAAUACCAAACCAGAAAUUCUGAAGCUUGUAGUCGUUGGCAUGAAAAAUCAUCCUCUGAAUUUGCCUGUGCAAUUAGCAGCAAGUGCCUGUGUGUUUAACCUGACAAAACAAGAUUUAGCUGCAGGCAUGCCAGUUAGGCUCCUAGCAGAUGUUACCCACUUACUCCUUAAAGCCAUGGAGCAUUUCCCCAACCACCAACAACUGCAAAAGAACUGCCUUUUAUCAUUGUGCAGUGACAGGAUACUUCAGGAUGUUCCAUUUAACAGGUUUGAAGCAGCUAAACUUGUCAUGCAAUGGCUAUGUAAUCAUGAAGAUCAAAACAUGCAGAGGAUGGCAGUGGCUAUUAUUUCCAUUCUUGCUGCAAAGCUUUCAACAGAACAAACAGCUCAGCUUGGGGCAGAGCUCUUCAUUGUCAGGCAACUUCUUCAAAUUGUGAAGCAAAAAACAAAUCAGAAUGUAGUGGACACUACUCUUAAGUUUACGCUGAGUGCACUUUGGAAUCUCACUGAUGAGUCUCCAACCACGUGUCGGCACUUUAUUGAAAAUCAAGGGCUGGAACUCUUCAUGAAAGUUUUGGAGUCUUUUCCUUCAGAGUCAUCUAUCCAACAGAAAGUUCUUGGCCUUUUGAACAAUAUUGCAGAGGUUAAAGAACUCCAUUCUGAGCUAAUGUGGGAAGACUUCAUAGACCACAUCAGCAAGUUGUUGCACAGUGUUGAGGUGGAGGUCAGUUACUUCGCAGCUGGGAUUAUUGCUCACUUAAUAUCCCGAGGAGAACAAGACUGGACGUUAAGUCGCAACCAGAGAGCCUCACUCCUUGAAGAACUGCAUUCUGCCAUUUUGAAUUGGCCUACACCAGAAUGUGAAAUGGUGGCAUACAGGUCGUUCAACCCCUUUUUCCCCUUGCUUGGUUGCUUCAUGACUCCUGGGGUGCAGCUCUGGGCUGUAUGGGCUAUGCAGCAUGUUUGCAGCAAAAAUCCUGCCAGGUACUGCAGUAUGUUAAUUGAAGAAGGUGGAUUGCAUCAUUUGUUUAACAUCAAGGAAAACAGCCAGACUGAUCCAGAUGUUCAGCGAAUUGCUGUCUCCAUUUUAGAUAGCUUAGAAAAACAUAUUUUGCGACAUGGACGGCCACCUCCUUAUUAAAAAAACCAAUUGAAAAUAAGCCAAAUUGAAUGAAAACAUGUAACAGGGAAUAGGUGUGCAAAUUAUCCUCUCAUAAUCCCUUACUGAAAUGUGCCUGGUUGGAAUGUUGAUAAAAGUUAUCACCAUUAUUUUUUUGCCAGUUGGUAUGGAAGCAGGGCUAGUACAUGUUAUCUUUAACAGCCUUCAGCAUUAAGGGGUUGUCAAGAGGAUCUAGAAAAAAAUCGUAAUUGGUAAUAUCUACCAGUAUCACCUCUGGCUGUGGAAAAGUGGAAAUUGUGCCAUUCAGAUGUGCAUUCAAAAUUAAACCUGUAGACUGUGUGAGUUCAUCAGAAAAUUGUUUCUGCUUGCUUCAUCCCUUCAAAAUAGUUGUGUUUUAAUAGAACUAUCCACUGAUUCAGUAUUUGGAAAAAAAACAAAAACCUGUGCUUGUAAUGUCAGCACUAUACAGCUCAAGACACUAUCAUAUAUUCACACAUUAGAACUCAACAGGUUAUGAGUAAGGUGACCAGGGAUAUUUGUUCUUCUGUGGACCUUUUAAACUCACGGAUUCUUCAAUUUCUACUACCGUAAUAUUUCAUAUAAACUCUUUAGCAGAAACAUCUGAGUUUCAAAUCAUGUUUUUUUUUGAUGUUCUGUAAUAUACUUUGAUGAAAAUCUCCAUGGAGGAAGAAAUGUAGGAAGGGAAAGAUUGAAUUAUAAUUACAAAAAAAGUAAGAAUAUAUAUUAUGUUGCUACACUUGUAACUAAGUGUAAAUUUGAAAAAAAAAAAAGAGUAGAGAAAACUAAAAUUUUCUACCAAAAGAAUUGCUGGGGGAAAUUUGCUCAAUUUAUGGGAUUGUACAUCUAAUCACCUUAUUUAUGACAGACUGUUAAUAGCUUUGUUCUUUCUCAUAAAUACCAUGUCAGUAUUUGUGCAGUGAGCUUUAUGUGGAAGGUAAUGCCAUACAAAAUUUCACCCAACAUUUUAUGUAAAGUCUGGUGUAAAUUACAUUCUUGUGUGGUAUAUUAAAAUUUUUUUACAUAAAACAUUCCAUGAUUAAAAACUC